UUUUUUUUCUGAGGCAGAAAACCAGACUGAUAGCAUCUAGGAGGAGAUGAUCAGUUUAAAACAUAGUGCUUAGGUGACCACAAGGUUUGAAAGAUGACUCAUUCACUAAAAACAUCACUGCUCAGUCUAUGAUCUGCAAAACAUGGAGUAUAACUCAGAUUGUGUUGUAUCUCUCAUUAAUCCAGAAUUACUUUGUAUUCCCAGCAACACAACACAUUCCCAGGCCUUUGUAUUUAAAAACACUUCUGAGGUUUAGAGGUAGUUAGUGUUCAGACCUCUGGAUGUCUGGAAUGCGUUCAGUUUUUUACUAAUUUUACAAUGGUCUAAUAAGGAUUAAUGAGAAUUUUCAAACACUUUAAUUUGCAGAAUAGAAAAAACCUUUCCUUAAAGGUAUAGCUUUCUGUCUUGAAAGCUGGUUUAGGUCAGUUGGUUAUAGUGACCUGAUAAUUAGUCUAAGGCCAGCCAAUUAGCUUAGCUUCAUCACAGAUUGGUCUCAAUGCUCCGUUCAAUAAAUUCAGUCCCUUUCUUGGUUGAGACUAGUGGGCACUGUGCGGAGGGAUCAACACACAACCAACAUCACUCCCGGAAAAGCGCAUGUCCUAAUGGUGGAAGAUCGCUUAUAUUUUGCUACUUUAAGGAAUAGACCAAAAAGCACAAUAAAUACCCACUAUUUCUCCACCGAUGAGGAGCUGGUCUAUGAAAAUUUCUAUGCAGAUUUUGGACCUCUGAACUUGGCAAUGGUAUACAGAUAUUGCUGUAAACUUAACAAGAAACUAAAGCCAAUGAACGUUUUCAAGAAUAUCCCAAUCCUGAGAAAGCUGGAGUCAUACAGUUUAUCAAGAAAGAAAAUAGUGCACUACACCAGUUUUGAUCAACGAAAGCGAGCGAAUGCAGCAUUUUUAAUAGGUUCUUAUGCGGUCAUCUAUUUAAAGAAGACACCAGAAGAAGCCUACAGAGCACUCAUAGCUGGCUCAAAUCCCCCCUAUCUUCCAUUCAGGGAUGCUUCCUUCGGAAAUUGUACAUACAAUCUCACAAUCCUGGACUGUUUGCAGGGAAUCAGGAAGGGAUUGCAGCAUGGGUUUUUUGACUUUGAAUCCUUUGAUGUGGAAGAAUAUGAACAUUAUGAGCGGGUUGAAAAUGGUGACUUCAAUUGGAUUGUUCCAGGAAAAUUUUUAGCAUUUAGUGGACCUCAUCCCAAAAGCAAAAUUGAAAAUGGUUAUCCCCUCCACGCUCCUGAAGCCUACUUUCCUUACUUUAAAAAGAAUAACGUGACUACAAUUAUUAGGCUGAAUAAAAAGAUCUACGAAGCAAAACGAUUCACAGAUGCUGGUUUUGAGCACUAUGAUCUCUUCUUCAUAGACGGUAGCACACCAAGUGAUAACAUUGUUCGACGAUUUCUAAAUAUAUGUGAAAACACCGAAGGAGCAAUUGCCGUACAUUGCAAAGCUGGUCUUGGGAGAACAGGAACAUUGAUAGCCUGUUAUGUAAUGAAGCACUACAGGUUCACACAUGCUGAAAUCAUUGCAUGGAUAAGAAUCUGCCGGCCAGGUUCUAUUAUAGGACCCCAACAACACUUCCUAGAAGAAAAACAAGCAUCAUUGUGGGUUCAAGGAGACAUUUAUCGUUCCAAACUGAAAAACAGACCAUCUAGCGAAGGAAGUAUAAACAAGAUUCUCUCAAGUUUGGAUGAACUGUCAAUUGGUGGAAGCUAUUCCAAAUUACAAACGUUGGAUAGAUAUGGAGAGGGGAGUACCGAUGAUGAUGUAGAUUUGGAAAUCAAAACCACCAUGACACAGGGAGACAAACUUCGUGCCUUAAAAAAUCAAAGACAGCCACGCUCUUCUACAGCUAGUGUUCUUAGUGGAUUGGAGGAACUGAGACAACAUACCAGAUCAAUAUCACAGCCUCUCAGAGUAUGCUCUUCCUCACAAGGCUGCAUAUCUCCUUUGAAGCCCUCCAAGGUGGUAUUGUCACCUUCAGCCUCUGCCAAGAGAAUAAAUAGAGGUUCAUGCUCCUCAGGCUCCAGCACAAGGAGCUUUUCCAUAAAUACUCGACUAGCCAGUUCUCUAGGGAACCUGCAUGCUGCAACAGAUGAUUCAGAGAGCAAAAAGGCCACCACAACGCCCACUAGGACAGGUUACCCAGUCAACCAUUUCUCCAACCACUUGAAUGGCAGCUCCCAACCUCCUGCCAGAAAUUACCCUGAGCUCAACAACAACCAGUACAGCCGGAGCACCAGUGCUGGCACGAACCUCAACAGCCACACCAGCCUGCACAACGCCAAGGCCGAUGAGUACGUCUUCCGACCUUACACUGGCCUCUCUGCUUCUUCGUCAAGAUUCCUGAGCCGUUCCAUCCCUGUAAGUUCGCAGACACCAUCUCUUGGUCAGAACCCUGAAAGAAACUUCUGUACCUUGCCUUCCCAGCCAAAGCUACCACCAAAGAAAUUUAAUAGUGUCAAAGAAGCUUUCUGAUCCCUUCCCCCUCUUUUGAAAAACUGUCUUAACACAUAAAUUCUGCUUGCUCCUCUUCUUUUAGUAAAUGCCAAUUUCAACCGGG